AUGGCGCUCUUAUCUCCUAAAAACAGGCUUCUCUUUGUCAUUGGUGUACUGCUAUAUGUUGUCACCCAUGUAACUGUCAAGUGCCCUCUUUCGCAGACCUAUCAAUUGGACGCUUCACAAUCCAGCGAUGCCCUCUGUCUUUACACCCACAAGUACUACAGGUUUGUGGAACCAUACUGCGGCCCUGUCUUUGAAGUGGCGGAUGCCAGGGUUUUCACUCCACUGAAUAAUUUGUACGCCAAGUCGCCGGUGAAGCCAAUUGUGCAAGCUGGCUACGAGCAAAGUGCGAAAGCUUACACCAAAUUUGCAAAGCCACAUGUUGACAAGUACGGUGGCGUUGCUAAGACGAAGCUAGGCGAGUUGUCCAAGAAGAUGACGGCCAAGGCGCAGGAGGUAGCAGGACUCGCCUUGGUUUAUGCAAGGGCGAAGAGUGCAGAAGUGGGGGAGUACGCUAGUGCUAAAUCACUCGAGCUGACCACAAAGGCUAAGAUCGUGGUUCUGACGAAAAUCAUCCCCCGGACUGUCUCCCUUUUCCAUCGGAUGAAGACUGAGCUUUAUAUCCAGGGAACUAAGUUGAGGCUGGCACUGUAUCUCAGAUAUAAUCUCUACGUGAGACCACAGCUGUUGAAACUUUACUAUAAACUACGAGUGAACAAGCUGGAGCCGCAUGUGGAAGCACUCAGGAACUCCUGGUUCUAUGUGAAUACCAAAAGAUUAGUGGUUUUGUUGGUGGAUGCACUGCGAUACUUUUACUGCAAAACCUAUGAGUAUCUUGAUGCUUUCCAGCGCGAUUCGAAGAUCAGAAAGACGACCGAGGAGUAUUGGCGGACGGAGCACAAAAAGCAGUUUUUAAAGGAUGAGUUCAACAAGCUACUGAAUGCCAAGUUCAAGAUCCCAACCUACGAGGAUGUCGAGUUUUUCAAGAAACUGUCAAAACAGGCUGCCGAGACUGACAAGACAGACGACGUCUCGGAGACUCUUAGCGAGGCCGAGCCCACACUCACCAAGUACAACAAGUUGUUAAAGGGGGUAACACAGGAUGCGAUAAAUGAUUUCGAGUCGCAGGUGGCCCAGGUAGACGAGAAUGCUUACAACAAGAUCUACAACCAGUUGAGACCUAAAUUGCAAGAGCUCGGCGAGCUGGUCAACCGCAACUACGAUGAGGCCCACGUCAUGAUUCACGACAUCAACCACAACACAGACAACUAUGUCACUCGCCAGGACAUGCGGGAUCUUUUAAAGCGUCUUUCAGAGUCGCUGACACAAAAGGGUGUGGAGAUCACCGAAGAUUUCAAAAAAUACGAGCGGGAGUUCUCCGAUGAGGUGCUACGCGUGAGAACGUCCAUUUUGGAGACCCUUGAAGAGUUCAGCGAGUCCACCCUCAACGCCUACUCCACAGAAAUCGUGAAGAACGGAGACGACUGGAAAGAGUGGAAGAACUACAAAGAGCUGAAGCAGGAGUUAAUUCAGACCAGAGACCAGCUUCUUAGCUCCACGCCGAAGUUAGAACGCGUGACCAAGUUGCUGAACGAGCUGAACAGAACUCUGGGCACUUUGGUGAACGACGGAGAGUCGUAUCUGGCCAUUUUGCGUGCCAAGGCCAACGUCGAGUUCCAGGCCCGCGAGAAGGCCGAGAGAGAAGCGGAGCAAGAGACCACGAGCACGAUUAUGUUGUACGAGACGGUUGUUCUUGAUGAGAAGAACCAGCCGGUGAGCACUAUCCAUGCAGAACCUCCAGCGUCGAGCGAAGAGGCCAAGACGCUGAUAAUAUGA